UCCUUAGGGAACAAAAUAUCAAGGAUGUACUGCUAAGGUAUAGGCUAGUUUAUUUUUCAUAAAUUUCCCCCCAAUUGCCAGUUUCCUCAAUGCCUCUUCAUAGUUUUUAUUAAUCAAAAUGAGGAUUUCCUUAAACCAAUUUUUAGUUAUAUUUUCUGGCAUUUGCGGACUUACAAUGGGCCCUUUCCCAAGCAGCGUUCAAAUCGGCGGACUGUUCAUCAGAAAUACCGAUCAGGAAUACACUGCUUUUCGUUUAGCUAUUUUCCUGCAUAACACCAGUCCUAACGCAUCUGAGGCUCCUUUUAAUCUCGUGCCUCACGUGGACAAUAUCGAAACAGCGAACAGCUUCGCCGUAACCAAUGCCUUUUGCUCACAGUAUUCACGAGGGGUAUUUGCAAUCUUCGGCCUGUACGACAAGCGUUCUGUGCACACGCUUACAUCAUUCUGUGGAGCUCUACACAUCUCCCUUAUAACACCCAGUUUCCCCACUGAAGGAGAAAGCCAGUUUGCACUACAGCUUCGCCCAUCUAUACGAGGAGCACUUCUUAGCCUCCUUGGCCACUAUGACUGGAACCGCUUUGUCUUCCUGUAUGACACUGACCGUGGGUAUUCGAUACUUCAGUCCAUCAUGGAAAAGGCUGGACAGAAUGGUUGGCAAGUCAGUGCUAUCUGUGUGGAAAACUUUAAUGAUGCAAGUUAUCGACAACUUCUUGACGACCUAGACCGCCGGCAAGAGAAGCUGUAUGUCAUAGAUCUGGAAGCAGAAAGACUGACAAAUAUGUUGGAACAGAUUGUGAGUGUUGGCAAACAUGUUAAGGGCUACCAUUACAUCAUGGCCAAUUUGGGCUUUAAGGACAUCAAUCUGGAGCGCUUUAUGCAUGGUGGAGCAAAUGUGACUGGCUUUCAGCUAGUGGACUUCAGCAAUCCCAUGGUGAUUAAGCUCAUGCAGCGCUGGAACAAACUUGACCAGCGGGAGUACCCAGGAUCUGACACCCCCCCAAAGUACACAUCUGCACUGACAUAUGAUGGUGUGAUGGUGAUGGCUGAAGCCUUCCGGAACCUUCGCAGACAAAAAGUGGACAUCUCUCGAAGGGGAAAUGCUGGAGAUUGUUUGGCCAAUCCUGCAGCACCAUGGAGCCAGGGCAGGGACAUGGAACGGACCCUGAAACAGGUCAGACUCCAGGGAUUAACAGGAAAUGUGCAGUUUGACAUUUAUGGCCGCAGAGUUAAUUACUCAAUGGAUGUCUUUGAACUAAAGAAUAAUGGUCCAAAAAGGAUUGGUUAUUGGAAUGAUGCAGACAAGUUGGUUCUGAUCCAGGACCAAACUCUUCUUUCAAAUGACACUUCUGGUAUGAAUAGGACUGUCAUUGUGACUACUAUUAUGGAGGGUCCAUAUGUCAUGCUUAAGAAGAAUUGGGAAUUAUAUGAAGGUAACGACCGGUAUGAGGGGUACUGUGUGGACUUGGCCUCUGAAAUUGCCAAACAUAUUGGCAUAAAGUACCAGAUUUCCAUAGUGCCUGAUGGGAAGUAUGGUGCCAGGGAUCCAGAGACAAAGAUCUGGAAUGGAAUGGUUGGGGAGCUGGUGUAUGGGAGAGCAGAAAUUGCUGUAGCUCCUUUGACAAUUACUUUGGUUCGGGAAGAAGUAAUAGACUUCUCUAAGCCUUUCAUGAGCUUAGGUAUCUCCAUCAUGAUCAAGAAGCCCCAGAAGUCCAAGCCGGGUGUGUUCUCCUUCCUGGACCCUCUGGCCUAUGAGAUCUGGAUGUGCAUCGUGUUUGCCUACAUCGGCGUUAGUGUGGUGCUUUUCCUCGUCAGCCGCUUCAGCCCGUAUGAAUGGCACACAGAGGAGCCAGAGGAAGGCUCUGACGGUCUGCCAAGUGACCAGCCCCCCAAUGAAUUUGGGAUCUUCAACAGUCUCUGGUUCUCCCUGGGAGCAUUCAUGCAGCAAGGCUGUGAUAUCUCUCCAAGAUCUCUAUCUGGACGAAUUGUGGGUGGAGUCUGGUGGUUCUUCACCCUCAUCAUUAUAUCCUCAUACACUGCCAACCUGGCUGCUUUCCUGACAGUUGAGAGAAUGGUUUCACCCAUUGAGAGUGCUGAGGAUUUGGCUAAACAGACGGAUAUAGCUUAUGGCACAUUAGACUCAGGGUCAACAAAAGAGUUCUUCAGGAGAUCAAAAAUAGCUAUAUAUGAGAAAAUGUGGACUUAUAUGAAGUCUGCUGAGCCUACUGUGUUUACCAAGAGAACCGCAGAGGGAGUUGCACGAGUGCGCAAGUCCAAAGGGAAGUAUGCCUUCCUAUUAGAGUCUACCAUGAAUGAGUACACGGAACAGCGGAAGCCCUGUGACACAAUGAAGGUUGGAGGCAACCUGGACUCCAAAGGCUAUGGAGUGGCAACACCCAAGCGUUCACAGUUAAGAAGUGACGUUAACCUGGCAGUUUUAAAACUGAAUGAACAAGGCCUGUUGGACAAAUUGAAAAACAAGUGGUGGUACGACAAAGGCGAGUGUGGCAGCGGUGGAGGUGGCGAGAAGGACAAGAGUUCUCAAGCCCUGAGUCUUAGUAACGUGGCAGGAGUGUUUUACAUCCUGGUGGGGGGCCUGGGCCUGGCCAUGCUGGUAGCUCUCAUCGAAUUCUGCUACAAGUCCAGAAAUGAAGCCAAGCGAAUGAAGUUGACCUUCACAGAGGCGAUGCGGAAUAAAGCCCGCUUGUCGAUAACAGGAAGUGUGGGUGAGAAUGGCCGAGUCUUGACUCCAGACUGUCCAAAGGCUGUGCACUCUGGGCCCGCUGUUCGACAGACCUCUGGAUUGGCUACAGUCCCCUCUGAUAUGCCAUGAAGACUUAAACCAUUUAAGUGCCUUACCCACAUCUGUAUGUCAAUCAAUGAAUACAAAACGAACUGAAACUACCCCACAAAGCAUUUACAGGUAGUACAGUAGCAAUUUAAACAUAAAAUGUAUGUAGAGGGUGAUUGGUAAGAAUCAGAUAGAUUUGGAGAAGAACUUUUCACAAUUAUUGCGUACCCACAUUUUAACACCCAAGAAAUGCCAAGAAAUAACCACAACUGUGAACUUGAACCACAUGCUCAACAUUUGUUGCAGUAGAUGGAGAAUGAUAUGCCAUUUGUCAUUAUCAUUGUUCUGUUAAUUUAAUCUCAGAUCUGAGCAGAUUCAGACUUGAAGUAGCAAGUACUCUGCACAAGAACAAGCCACAGCUUGUAAUAUUUGGUCAUAUUACAACUGAAAUGUUACAUUGUGAAUAUUCCUUGUACUUUCACUGUGGUCCAAAUGUCUCUUUCUUUACGUACAAUAGCAAAAGCAAAUUUCUCUAAGUACAUAUUAUAUCUGGUUUCUACUAUAAUGUGCAAUGUUGUUUCAUUGCAAAUAAGACAUAUUGUUCAUGUUUAGAAUCACAUUUUCUAUAAUUUUAUCAGACAUUUAAAUAUUUUUUUGGAAUGAGUAGAUCAGAUCAAAUGUUUCUUUUAUUACCAAAGUGGUUACCUUUACCAAAUAUAAUGUGACUUUUCUCCACAAAAGUGUUUAGCACAUAGCUUUAUUAUUUAUGCCAAACAGUACUCAAUCUCUUGAGGUGAUGUCAUGAUACCUGUCAUCACAAACAUUAUAUACAUGUAAUAGAAUUAAGUAGAAAUAAAAUUCCAGUAAAAAUGUAAAAAAAAAAUGUUUAGAAGGAUGCUGCACAUUUCUUGCUCUUUGGGGGACAAAAUGGCAAGCCAUCAGUAAUGUUGCUUCUGUGCACAAGGGGAUGGGAUGUAUUUCAUUAGCUGUUAAGUUCAGAUAUCAACAACAUUUUACCAAUACCUCACAUUAAGCUUAUUUCCAAAUAAUUGUCACACUAACAUUUCAGUAGUAUUAUGACCAGAUUUUUUUUUAAAUGCCUUUCUUGUUUAGAGUAAUCUUCUUUGUUUUCUGAACUAUUUAUCUUUAGUAUGAAACAUCUGCUAUUCAAUUGAGAUUUAAUGUCCCUUGAAUGAAAGUCCAGUGGAUAUCAAUCACAAAAAAAGGGUUCAGCAUUAUUUUAAUGUAUCAUAAUGAAUCGUUAGUAAAAAUAAACAAUAUAAAUUGGCUUACAUUUGAGUGUUCAGAAAGGGUCAGCUGACUCAAAGUUAAAGGUUAGUUGAGUAUUUCUUGCUUAGCUACUGAUCCAUUAAAAAAUUAAAAGUGUUGCAAAAUGGAUUCAAAUGUAAAAUAUUAAAAUGUGGCAAAUAGGAUAUUGAUACUCAUAUUAAUAACAGUACAAUAAUACAAGCAGCACCAUAACUGGCUACACUGAAGAAAUGGUAUUCGUUGAAUAACCUAAUUAACCUAAUGUUUUGUAUAUAGGGAAAGAAACAGCAAUCUAUUUCCCCUUAAAUGUAAAUAGCUACUGUAAAGUGAAAUGAAUUGAUGUAAAAGCAUCAUUAGAAAAUACUGUCAUACAAUAAUGGAUAGAAAGUUAAAUACAUACUUUAUUUAUUCAUAUAAGUUUACACAUGGAAUUUAAAACUUUGACUUUUUAGGCCUUCACCACUCAUGAGUGCUUCCAUUCUGGGCAAUACAAUCUGUGUGUUUCUUAUCUUUGAAUAUGCUCAUUUGAUACCAAAUAGAUCAUAUUAUAUUUUUUAUUUCUAUUGCUUUAGUAGUUCAAAGUGUGAAAAUGAAGCAUUUAAAAUGCAAUAUGAAUGAUUUUUAAAAUGGAAUUAAAUGCAAGGAAUUUGUAUUCUAAAGAGCCAUGGUGUGUGCAAUGCAUUUACCUUUUUGAAAAACACUGUGUAAACCUCAGCCUUUUGUGUGAACCUUCUGAAUACUUAGUAUUGUAUUGUGUCUUUCAGAGGAAGUGAUCCAGGAAAACUAGAAUUCUUUGAUGAAUGGAUGGUCUCUUUUUCAGGAUAACAUAGAAGCCUUUCCCACUGUAAUCCAUAUGACCUGUUUGUAUAUGACUCCAGGCAUGAUUUUUCUUAGCCAAAUGAAGAAUUGUUUAAGUACAAUCAGUUUCCCCCUGUCAGUCAUCCAGCGGCAGACACACACACAAACCCAAAAUAUCUAACAGCAGGUUAUGUCGUGGGCUCCUAUGGGUAAUGCCACAAAAUGUUUUCCUAUUGUUUGAAAUGGUACAUAUUGUAUUUAUUUUGACCAUCUUUUUAUAGUAAAAUAAUAAAUA